AUGUCUUCAAUCCUGGGACUCCCAACACAAGGAUCAGAUGUAACAGUUCUCAUAACCAGGGUCCACUUGCAUCCCCUUUGUGUGCUUGUGGAAUUCUGGGGAAAAUUUAGCCAGGAGAGGACAGCAGAUUAUGAGUGCCUGGCUAAAGACAUUCAGUCUCCAGGAGACACAUUUCAAGAGUUUGAAGGAAGUCCUGGUGACCAGUGCUUGGUUCAGAUAGAUGGUACUUGGUACAGGUCCCGCAUAGUCUCAAGAAAUGGAUCGAAAUACAGUGUUUUUCUCAUUGACAAAGGGAUGACGGCUAGCACCACCACAAGUAAGCUGGCUUGGGGUAAGAAGGAGCACUUCCACCUGCCACCUGAAGUGGAAUUUUGUGUUCUAACUAAUGUGUUACCACUCUUGCCUGAGAACAGAUGGUCUUCAGUGGCUCUUGAAUUUCUGAAGUCUCUCUCUGGGAAGUCUGUGAAGGCACAUGUGCAAGAUGUACUGGUGCCCCACAGAACAUUUCUGUUGCACAUCCCCUGCAUAUCCAAACAAAUGUAUGAGAUGGGAUUUGCCAAGAAGGUGCCUCCAGACGUGUUCCAGGACUUUGUACUCAUGUCACUGCAGUCCAGUAGUGCAGCUCAAGUGUCACCAGAGACUCAGCAAAUUUACAUGGGAGCACGUGAGCGACUGCACAAGCAAGAGCUCUUCUUGUACCCAGAGCUACCAACAGGAACUGUGGAGACCGUAAUAGUCACUGAAGUGACAAAUCCACAGCGAAUUUUUUGCCAGUUGAAGGUCUUCUCACAAGAGCUGAAGAAACUCUCAGAACAAAUCACACAGUGCUGUGAGGGCAGAAUGACCAGUUGCAUUGUAGGUCCAGAAAUGAUUGGUUUUCCGUGUGCUGCAAGAGGAAGUGAUGGCAGAUGGUACCGCUCAAUCCUACAGCAGGUAUUCCCAGCCAACAGAGUGGUGGAAGUGUUGAACGUUGACUAUGGAACAAAACAGUUAAUUCAAGUGGAGAAUGUAAGACCACUGGCCGCAGAAUUCUUCAGGAUGCCUGUUGUGACUUACAUCUGCUCCCUCCAUGGAAUCAUUGACAAAGGGGUUGGAUGGACAACCAGCCAGAUUGACUUUCUCAGGAACCUUCUUUUGUGCAAGACAGUGAUUGCCAAAUUUGAGUACCAGAGCAUCUCUGAGGGUGUUCACUAUGUCACACUCUAUGGGGAUGAAAACACAAACAUAAACAAUUUGUUUGGUUCCAAGGAGAGCUGUUUGCUGGAGUGUGAGAAAGCACAUGGAGAUUAUGCCGUAUGCAGCACCGCUUACAGCCGCAAGCAUCCAGCCCAGCCAGAAAGAAAUCAGAGAAAGAUGUUAACUCCUGGAAAGACUGGAGAGGAGAAAGAAGGGAAAGGAGGAGCAAAGAAGUUACCAGCAGACGACCUCACCCUGAACUCCUCACAUGUUGUAGUUGUUCAGCAUGUAUCCAGCCCCUCAGAGUUUUGGAUCCAAACACAGAACUGUGCAAAUGAGUUGGAUGAACUGAUGGAUAGUAUUUAUCAUUUGUACAAAGAUUCAGAGAAUAAAGAUGUGGAGGAAAAUCCAACUGUCGGGCUCUACUGUGCUGUCAAGGCAGAGGAUGGUGACUUCUACAGAGCGACUGUGACUGAAGUUAGUGAGACACAAAUCACAGUGUUCUUUGUUGAUUAUGGAAACACUGAAGUGGUUGACAAGACUAACAUCAGGACCCUCCCUGACGAGUUCAAAAAGCUGCCAAGAGUUGCACUGAAAUGCACCCUGGCAGGUGUCAGACCGAAAGAUGGGAGAUGGAGUCAAAGUUCCACUGAGUUUUUCAUCAGAGCAGUCAAAGAUAAAGUACUAAAUGGGCACGUGAUAGGAAAACAUGAGGAUGGCUAUGUCGUCCAACUAUCAGAUCCCAAAGCUCAGGGAGAAAGAGACCUCAGUACACUGAUGUGUAGUUCUAACCUUGCUGAAAGGGUUGAGACACAGAGACAACCCAAAGCCAGAAUGACCAUACAACCUGCCAUUCUGCUUCCCACACAGCAUCCAGAUGCCAGACUCUCAAAGUCUUUCCUGACCCAAAACACUGUUGGCCCUGUCAGCAAUGAAAGAAGAAUUCCUACAUUCAGGGAGCACAUGUUCCCCAUUGGGAGUGUUCUUGAUGUCUCUGUGUCCUACAUUGAAAGCCCGAAUGACUUCUGGUGCCAACUAGUACAAAAUACAGGGCACUUGAAAUUGCUAAUGCAUGACAUGCAGACUCAUUAUGCAGACAGUGAAUUUCAGCCUCUUGUAGAAACAGCUUGUGUUGCUCGCCACCCUGAUAAUGGAAUGUGGUACAGGGCCCUUGUAAUUCACAAACAUGAAACACCUAAUGUGGACGUGUUGUUUGUUGAUUACGGCCAGACAGAAACCAUCUCCAUGUAUGACCUGAGGAGGAUAUGCCCAGAAUUCCUCACUCUGCAUGGUCAAGCUUUUCGAUGCAGUCUGUUAAACCCUGUUGACCCCACGUCUGCCAUAAAUGAGUGGAAUGACGAAGCAAUAGCAAGAUUCCACAAUUUUGUGGAAACGGCUGCAUCCAACUUUGUGAUUUUAAAGUGCACCAUAUACGCUGUCAUGUACAGUGAGCAGAAGAUUGUUUUCAACAUUGUGGACCUAGAAACUCCCUUUGAGAGUGUCUGCACCAGCAUGGUCAAUCUUGUCAAAAGUGUACCUCACAAGAAAGCCUCUGGACCAUCCUUCCGUCUUGACACAUACUACUACUCAACACACAAUGUCAAAACUGGGACAGAGGAACAGAUCACGGUGACAUGUGUAAACAGUGUCAGUCAGUUCUACUGCCAGCUCGAGAGGAAUGCUGAUGUGAUGAAAGAGCUCAAGGUCAAAGUGAACAGUCUCUGCCAUCAGCUAGAGAAUGUAAAACUCCCAGCAGCAUUUGGAACUUUGUGCUUUGCCAGGUACACUGAUGGGCACUGGUACAGGGGACAGAUCAAAGCCACAAAGCCAGCAAUCCUGGUUCACUUUGUGGAUUAUGGUGACACUAUCGAGGUGGACAAAUCUGACUUGCUUCCAGUGCCCAGAGAGGCUAAUGACAUUAUGUCUGUGCCUGUGCAAGCAGUUGUGUGUAGCCUCUCUGAUGUCCCCGCCAAUGUUCCCAGUGAGGUGAACAGCUGGUUUGAGACAAGUGCAACAGAAUCUCAAUUCCGAGCACUUGUAGUGGCCAGAGAACCUGAUGGAAAACUGCUGGUUGAGCUGUAUCAUGGAAACACUCAGAUCAAUUCAAAGAUCAAAAAGAUGUUUCAGAUUGAGAUGCACACAGAAGAGCGGGUUGUCUACCGAUGUCAGAAGACACUUGAAGCCUCAGCAAAACAUGCACAAAAGCCUACAAAAGCUUUCCCAAAAGAACCUACAGAAAUGGGAGAUCACACACAAACUAUCAAGAAAACUACCCCAAAACCAGCACGUCAGAUAAGAGAUGAGACAAAACCUGCCAGCAUGAAUCUGGAGUCUACACCAAAGCCUUUGCACCACGUUUGUGAAAACGGUCAGAAGGUCAAAGCUGGUCUGAUACAGCUGUACAGACCUCCUCACCAAAGACGGUCAUGUGGAAGGACACCAAGUAAUGUGGGAAAUGAUCCUGAGCCUGCAGGUGCCCAUGUCAAACCAAUUAAAAAAAACCUUGCCACAGACUCUAAACAGCUGUUCAAGUCCAGAUCACCUGAUUCAGAAUCUAAGAAGGGAAGCAAUGUUGAAAAACUACCCAAGCUUGCAGACCUGCCAUCAAAAUCGAUCGCAUCAGGUAUGGAAGCAGAUGUAUAUGUCUCACACUGCAACAGCCCAUUGAGUUUUUACGUUCAACUUGUCAGAGAGGAGGAUGAAAUAUUCUCCAUUGCUGAAAGGCUCAAUGGUCCCAAAACAAUCCUGAAAACGAAUGGCAUCGAAGAUGUACAUCCAGGUGACCUUGUUCAAGCAGAGUUUGCAGGAGAUUUGUCAUGGUACCGAGCAGUUGUCAGAGAAAUCCAUGACAACACAAUGGCUCUUGUUGAGUUUGUUGAUUUUGGAAAUACAGCAAUGAUACCAGUUUCCAAGAUUCGCAGGCUCCAUAAGUCUUUCUUGCAGCUACCCAUGUACAGCACACACUGCAUGCUGAGCGAAGCUGCAGCUUUUGAAAAAGAGGAAAUGCUUGAUUCAAAAGUGUUGUCAGCUUUCAAAGAAGACAUUGGUGGUAAUGGAGACAAGAAGCUCAAGUGCCGGUUCAUCAGGCAGUCAGGAUCUGUGUGGGAAGUCAGUCUGAAAGACAGUGGUGUGGCCGUCAGAUGUAAAAUGCCUACUAGAUGUUCAACUGAUGGUUCUGAAAUCGCCUCAGAGAAACUUGAACAAGUUGAGGGAAGACCUGCCCAGAACUCAGAGAAACUGCCACUUAAUUCCUGUUCUGUACGUUACUGUCAACCAAAGAUUUUAGAGGAACAGCAGUUGCAGGUCUACAUCACAACUAUAAAUGACGAUCAUUCCUUCUGGUGUCAGUGUGCUGACUCCGAAGAACUUGACAAGAUAACAUCAGGUGUCUCAGUAGUUGGGAAUGUAGUUGAUCAUAUUGACCCAGGACAUCUCUCCCCUGGCAGCCCAUGCAUUGUUCUCUUUUCGGAUGAUCACCUUUGGUACCGUGCAGAGAUUGUUGACAAAAAUGGAGAUAAACUUUCUGUUCUCUUUGUGGACUAUGGAAAUAAGUCCCAAGUCAACAUUACAGAUGUGAGGGCAAUGCCUCCUGACUUGCUGGCAAUUCCUCCACAGGCGUUUUUAUGUGAGCUUGAAGGCUUUGAUUCUUCAUGUGGAUCUUGGAACAGUGGUGCAGUGGAUGAGCUGUCUGCACUUACAACAGACAGGUUGUUACAGCUGACUGUCACUAGAGUAACAAGAGAUGAAGAAAACAUGAAAUGUUCUGUGCAGAUGGAAUGUGAUGGCCAGGUGAUAAAUGAAGAGAUCAAAACCUGGUGGACGAAGUCUACAACAGAAAACAGAACUGAUGCAGGUGGACUGACCACUUCACAUGAACCACCACUGCAGUGUGACUCAACUGUGAAAGAGGCUGCAGUACCUGAGGAUCAACUAGAGUGUCCUGAAUACCAAGAAAUAGAUACUGCUGUUGCUUGCAUUCACUCUCAGCGUUACUGUAGUGAAGAUCAGUUCCCUGAUGAGCUUGCUGACCCUCACAGAGCAGAUGAGAUCAAACUAGCAAGCGGACCAAAGACCAGUGAAACCCCUAAAAAUUCUGUUACUUUGGAAUCUGCUGAAUCUCCAAAAGAAGAGAGGGAUCAGAAAUCGUCAGAAUGUAAUUUGGCUGUGGGACCUCAAAAAAGUGCUUCCAUUGAAGGAUUGAACAAAGUCCCCACUAUGAUGAUAUAUCAGACUGAACCCAAAGACAUUUUGCCAUGUGACAGUGGCAUAGAAGAAGCCAUGUUACCUCCUCUUGGUAACAAAGGUGACCAAGGUAUUUUCACCUUGAGCUGUGACACAGAUGUGGGCGAAACUGACAAAGGCAUUGAAGAGGAGGAUAAUUCAGUGAUGGACACUGUUGGGCCAGAUGACUUAAAUUAUCUAUUGGACGAGAACCUUAAGGAAGCUGUGGCUAAGUCAGAGAUUCAGUCUUCAGCUGAAGAGGUGAAUACUGACAACAUGGGGAGCAGCUUUGACACAGUCAUUUAUUCUGAUACAACUAAGCUCAGCAAGGUUACCAUUGCAAGAGCCAGUUCUCUUACCAGUGUGACAGCAGUGAAAAUGGUUCCACGUGAAACUGUUCGUCCGAGGGAGAGCAAUAAUCUGCAUGAGACAACUUAUGUGAUUUCCGAAGACUUAAAGCAGAUUGAGACUGAAAUAGUGCCUUCUGUGCAGCACUUGUGUGAUGCUUCUGCAGAGCAGGAAACUGAAGCUGGAGAUGGUGUCCUGGAGGGGCCAUGCAUUACCUCACAUGUUAAGAAUGACUCUGUAACUGAAGAGGAGACCAUGGCUCAUUGUGAGAAUACAUAUUCCGCCCUGAUAGCUGACACUGACACAGCAACCAGUGAGCUACCAAUCUGCACAGUUCCAUCUCUGGAUGUGGGUAAUGAGAUUGACGAGGUGGCUUGUUUAACAGAUGUCUACACAGAUCCAGAUGAGCCAAGUGGUGAUGGCAAAGUCAUCAGUGCAAGAGAGGAUUGUCUCAGUAUGGCAGCAGAGGAAAUGGAUAACUCAGUGACUGAAGACGAGACCUCAGCUCUCAUCAAAGAUGAACUCUAUGCUCUGCCAUCUGACACUGAGCCACAAACCUACUGUCCAGAUAUGAGUGACCUGGUGGAGGAGGUGACCUGUCUUGUUGGAAAUAUCUGUUUGACGGACGUGUGCAGAGACCAACAACUUCAGGCUGAAACAGAGGACAGUGAGCAGCUGGUGCAUAAACCACCCAAACAAAAAGAGGAUUCUGAUGACAGCACAUGUUCAGAGGAAACGUCAUCUUCUGCUGACAACAGUUUUGAGUUCCAGCUGUCAAAGAUAACCCACCUCUCUCUGAUAAUCAGUAAUGGUUCUGCCGAUGUUCUGCCUGUUGAGCAGCAGCCGGAGGAGUAGCCACCUUCUCAUUCCUCACUCACCUCAAAUCAGUUUAUCAGUUGCAAUUGCUUUAGUUACAGUAAACAGGUUCAGUUUUCUUUGUUGUGUUUGUGCUGGGUGCUGAACAGCAGUGUUGAUUUGAGUUGACCCAGCAGGUUCUCUUUCUCGCAACCAUCUGGGGGAAAGUGCCUCUUUUCAGCAGCAGUUGUUAAAAGCAGUGUGCUGUUAGUGUCCAUGUGCUUACCUAGUGUUACUUGGAGCACUGUUGUGUUACAGAUGAUCUGUUCUGAUAAACUGCCACUAAAUUCUUUGGAGACAUAUUUUGAGUAUUGAAUCUUUUCUUGAAGAUCAGACUGAUUUGAAAGGAGGUGAAAUGCUACAGUU